CUCUUGUUUUUUUAAUUUUUUUUAUCUGUGGUGUGUAGAGUGCAUUGACAUUUGCUUGUCACAUGUGACAGGAUCCAAUGAAAAUGGCGGAGUAGCGCCAAGAUUAUUUUAUUUGUGAAAAUUGUUUUAAAAACUUAGAAAGAUUUAGAAAGGAUAAAGUUGAGGAAUCGAUAUUAGUAAACUUCAAAUGUCGUUUCUUUAUAUUUUCAGAGCAACAAUUUGUGGUUUAUUUUGAAAAUCCUCAAUAAUUUAUCUUAUAAAACGACAUUUCCGUUAACUAAUAGAAGAUGGACCGGCUGCAGUUUGAGUUUUCGGUAAUAGCUUCAAGUGACGGCAAAUCCAACGUGUUAGCCAUAACCUCAAUAUGUACAGAGGAGGGAAAAUGUUACGUUUUACCUGAUGAGCUGAAGCCGGUGAUUAAUCACAUACACAUUACGAAUAUGAAUACUUUCCCUAAAAUAAAAAACAGCUUAAGGAAAAGGCAUCAAAGUAGAAAAAUAUGGAUAAAAUUGAAUGAAGAUCAAAAGAAGACAUACAUAGACGAGGAAAGUAAUUUGCAAUUUCAGGAUCAAUAUUUAGAAGAAAUUAGUACGAAACAACUUAAAGACAAAGACAACUUGCAACAUAUUUUGGAAAAAUUAAUAGAAACUACGUCGAAGAAAGAAAAUCAACAUAACUUAAGAAAUAUUUCAGAGAAAUUAAUAAUUGAAAAAUUUACAAGUAGGAAUAGUAAUGCAAUGCAAUGGAUAGAGAAUUUUGAAAAAGAGUGUGAACGCUUAAAUAUUACAAAAGAUGAAACAAAGAUAGAAAUUUUAAGGUUGUUUUUGGAAAAAUCUUGUUUGGAUUGGUAUAGCUCGAUGGCCUUAAAACUGACAGUAAACUCUGAAUGGAAUGAAUGGAGAAAGAAAUUUUUAGAAACUUUUGAAAACCAAGGUUGGGAUAUGGUUACCUACGCUUUCGCUUUCAGAUAUAAGGAAGGCCAGUUGAUUGAUUACGCUUUAAAAAAAGAACGGCUUAUACUAGACAUAAACCAAUCAAUUGACUCGAAAACUAUGAUAGAUCUUAUUGCAACAGGCCUACCCAUGUUUGUCCUAAAUAAAUUAAAUAGGAAAGAACUCCAUGAUACUACUGAUUUGUUCAACGAGAUAAGAAAAUAUGAAGGUAUGAUGUACAAGAAGAACUCAACUAUAUCAAAGAGUGCUACAUUUCUUCAGAAAAAUAAAUCUUAUGAGAAGAAGCCAUGUAAGACCUGUGAAUCUUUAGACAAAGGAAUUAGAUAUCAUCCAGAGGAGUCAUGCUGGUUCAAGAAGAAUAAAAUUGAAUCUGAAAGGGUUUUCAGAACGAGGAAUGUAAAUAAUAACUCUAUUAUUGAAGUAGAUAUGAAUACUGAAAAAAAAAACGAGUAA